AUGGCUGCUCCUCGGUUGAGAAUACGGCCAGGACUGGCCAUCUGCGAGCUCCUGCGGGCUUUGCUGGCUCCCGCGUGCAACCUUCGCUCAGAUGUGAUCAAAACAAACUCUUCCUUCCUCAUCCCCAAAGAUGGCGAGGUGAGGAAUGACCAGGAGACCCCUUCCUACACCGCAGGAUCUCUUAACUUGCCUUUCAGAAAGAAAUCACGGGGCACCUUACAGAGUCGUUGGUCACCCUUUAGGACUGACAGUCCCUCUUGCUUUUCAGAUUUCCCCAAAGAAUUGGAAUACAAGAGUGACCCUCACCGGAGAGGAUCUCUCUGCGACAGACACUGUGCUGCCAUUAACAACAUCCAUGGAGACCUAGGGGACAUGCACUCGGAGUCCCACCACCUAGCCCAUGGGAUCCUGAUGCCCAGGAUACUGCCAGUGCUUUCCAGCCCGGGCUGCUGCCCGCAUCACUCCGAGGAAGUGCAGACGUGUGACGGGUGCCUGCUGAAGAUGACGCUGACGGCGGAGAACGAGGUGGAAGCCCACAGACUCUCCAACAAUUACAAGUUUGGCUUUAAGAAAUGGAAGAGUCACGUCACAGCUCGGCCUUGGGAGGAUCGGUCAGAAAUUGUCAAAGAGCUCUACUCGGACUUGACUAUAAUCAAACGCCCCACCGGUUCUAUGCUGACAUGUGGCAACCUCUUCUACCUCCUCUUUUUUGGAUGGUGGCUCUCAUUGCUCUACGUCCUGGUCUCCCUUCUGAUGUUCCUCACCGUGCUGGGAACUCCAUAUGGAAAGCUGUGCUGGAAACUUGCUGGAUACUUUAUCUGGCCUUUCGGGAAAGUAAUUCAGAAGAUGAAAACGUACAGUCAAGAUUGCCAGAUGAAGUUCAGCAAGAACCACACCAUCACUGAGGUGAACGAGGUGAAGGAGACAACCCCCUUGCUCACCCGGCAGGACUCGAGCAAGACGGGCAGCUCGGCUCACUGGCGACGCAUCAGCACGUACAUCUGGCUCCUGACCGGCUUCCCCCUCCUGGCCCUGGCCCACGCCCUGGUUUGCUUCACCUGCUGGCUUCUCGUCUUCUUCAUCCCCAUUGCCAAAAUGAGCGCGUGCACCAUCACCACGGUGUUGCUCCUGCCACCGGAGUGCGUCCAUGUUCAGCGCCUGCGGAAGACUGAAGUACCCUUAGAUGCGGAGGUGGUUCUUUGCUGUUUCCGGGCCGUCAAUGCGUAUUACUAUAAAUACGCUGUAGAUGGGAUCAAUGUCUUCGCCGUCAAUCUCCUUCCGUUGGUCAUUGUGACUCUUGUUUUGGGCUAUGCCGAUAAACACAACUACUACACCAGCUCUGUGACGAAGUUCACCCUGGCUUUACUCUCCAUCAUGCCUCUGUCCUACUACAUUGGCAUGGCCAUUGCCAGUAUCUCAGCACAAAGCAACUUUGCGGUGGGGGCUGUGGUGAAUGCCACGUUUGGCUCCAUCACGGAGCUCACGUUCUACAUCACUGCGCUCAUCAAGGGGGCUCACGAGAAGAACAAGUGCUACGAGGAAAUUGUCAAGUCUGCUCUGACCGGGACUCUCUUGGGCUGCGUCCUUUUCGUCCCGGGACUCUGCAUGGUGAUUGGCGGCAUCCGACAUCAAGAACAAAGAUUCAACAGCCGAUCGGCCGGAGUCAGCUCUGCCCUUCUGUUUUUGUCUGUGGGAGGUGUCUUUGCUCCAACUCUCUUCUCCAAAGUCUAUGGAAGACUGAUCUGUGGGGAAUGCCAGAAUUUUACCCAUGAGCUGCCUGGGCACUACGUCUGCCAGAACUGUCACUUCGAUUUGAUGGAGAACAAUGGGACUCUCUACUACAGCCAUAUUGAACCCCUGGUGUACACGGUGUCAUUGCUGCUCCCAGCGGCGUAUCUCAUCGGGCUCAUCUUCACCUUGAAGACGCACUCCCACAUCUACGACAUCCACAUCAGCGGCUGCCACAUGCCCGGUCACCAUCACAGUGCAGUGGUCCACUGGUCCCGCUGGAGAGCCAUGGUCAUUCUUCUGGUGGCCACCCUUGGUAUGUCUGCCUGUGCCGAUCUCGCCACCGAGCAUAUCAGCCCCAUUCUGAACAACUCCCCGGUCUCUCAGUACUUCAUUGGCGUGACUGUGCUGGCCAUGGUGCCGGAAAUCCCGGAGCUGAUCAACGGAAUCCAGUUUGCCUUGCAGAACAAUCUCAGCCUCAGCAUUGAGAUUGGGAACUGCAUUGCCGUCCAGGUCUGCAUGCUGCAAAUACCCAUCCUGGUGCUUUUCACCGUGUUUUACCCAACAGACUUCAUCCUGGUCUUCAGUGACCUCCACGUCUACGCUAGCAUGUUCAGUGUGGUCCUCAUGAAUUACAUCUUUAUGGACGGCAAGUGUGACUACUUCCAAGGCACUGUGCUGGUGAUGGUCUAUUUUAUCCUCCUGGCUGUUUAUUAUUUUGCUCCUUCUCCUGCCGGCUGCUGAACUCUCACUCCGCUGGGCUCCAUAUUCCUGCCUCCUGGAAAGGCAGUAGCUUCCCCCGAGGGCUUCUUUCCAAGAAACGACUGUCUCGUAGGGAAGUGCUCAAGACAGACUUUAUCUUCCUUUCAUAUUUAUGUCCCAAGGCAGCCAUUGACACUUCCAGCUAAUGGGCCUCUCGGUGUCCUUGCAGCAUAAAGCCCUACAGAGAUUGGGGUGGGAGCUGCAGAAGGUGGUGGCCAACUCUUGAUGACCAGCGAAGGAAGUUUUGGGGCGGAAGAGGUUGUGCUGAAGAUGACUCCUAUGGACGAAAGAACGCUGGCAAUUUUUAAGACUGGGUAGGGACAUGCUCUGUUUCAUCUCCUCCUCGCAGCUACCUCAUGCUUUUGCCGCGCAGCUCCUGCUGCAGACAAACACGCCUCCGAGUCGAGCUGCCACUGAUCUUGAGAUGGAGCACAAAAUAAAGGAAGCCAAUUUUGAACAUAUUCUUCAUGGUGCACUGGUGAAGAUGUAUUUUGUUUCAGUACCCAUCAUGGGAGAAUAUUGGCUCCUAAGAGGCAGCUGUGGAACUGGCAUCUCCUGCCCACCCCCCACCCCCCGGCUUGUAAACCAGCUUCUGUUAGAGGCAGAAAAAAGGACUCCCAUGGGCGGGCCAGCCAGCCAGGUUUAUGGCUCUUUGGCUCCUCUUGCCAGGUGUGCUUGAAGGAUAAUCUGUGGAUUGGAGAGAUCCUACAUAUGUUGCCCAGAACCACAGUACCUCUUCUGCCCUUAAAGAGAAAAGCGAACCAAAGCCCUCAAGCAUGUUGGGGAACUCAUGCUGCAGGCUGCAUUUCCCAGCCUUCUAAGUCACUAAGGCUAAUGGCGUAUUUGCUUGGGACACACUCCUCGAAGCUUAAAUUGGCUGGAGAUUCUGGGUGCCGAGGAUGUGACAGGCCUCGUGAGGAGCAAGAAAUUUGACACAGCAAGUCAAAUUUACGAAGCCCAAAGGCAGAGGUGGACUGAGUAGAACCUGUUCCUUUUACACUCCCCUGGAUCUGACAUGAGGCUUUGAUGGUACUCUGGAAGCACAAGAGCUCAGCUUUCUCCAGUCUGAGACUACAGUUCCCAUCAGACUAGAAGCCCUGGGAGUCAUAGUUCCCGUGUACCUGGUACGAGAAGGCCAGGUUAAAUUAUUGUGGCUGUAAAUGAUUCUUCUAUUAACCUCUGUUUUAUUCAACAUCAGUUAUGGAUGUGAUAGUAACUACUUGACACAGAAGGAGAGGUGGAGACAUAGGAAUUGCAUUUUACAACAUUUGUUUUAGCCAGCGUUUCUUUCCCGCAAAGGCAGUGGCAUCUCCGUUAUUAGUUGAUUGAGCGUCCUGUCAGAGGGUCCCUGCCAGUACAUUUAACCUUGAAAGCGGUGGGCCGAAUAUUUCCCAGAUCACCUGCUUUCCAAAGCUUUUGCUUGUUUCGAGAAGGGCAUCCGCUGAAUGUUCCUUGCCUUUUCCCUCUUCCAUGUUUCCAAAGUUGCAGAUUUACUUAUUUCAAAGCCAGCCGCUUUCUUGCUGUGUCUGCAGUGAGGGCACAUUAUCAUGCAUUUGGAGUAGGCCUUUGUGCAGAAUCCUGGACCAACAGCGAGAAAAGAAGGGCGGGCAUCCAGUUCUUCUGUGAAACCGCUGUUGGUUGAGACUGCAGAGCAUUGAUACUUAUUCUACAGUGUUCAUGGAAAACAAAUUCACAAUGGUGUAAGGGAUUCACAGAACUCAAAAAAAACACAGUAAGGCAGAACAGUGAAUUAUGCAGUUAUAAUAAAACAAUACAGUAGAUGGCUGGUCCACGGUUCAAGAUAAAACCAACCCAAACGAUAAGGGCUUAAAAGAAGGCGAGGGAAAGGCAUCACUUGCCUAUUCAGUCAAGUGCCAAGAAGACAGAUAACAAAUGACAUUUAAAUGAGAGACAGGGAGCAGUUGAUAUUCUGAACUAGUUCCCAGGCAGUACGGUUGCGGUAGCUCUUAAUUCACCCGUACUGGGAGUUGGCCUUUGGGCCAGUUGGAAUAAGGAUGGCGUUAUGGGGAGAGAGGGUGGGGUGAAGAACUGGAAUCAGAGGGGCAGUAUACAAAACACACCCAAAGCCUCUCUGUUCAGUUACUACAGAAUGAACUAAGAGUGGCUUGAGGACAGCUGUAUGCAAAAUUAAGCAGUUCUUCCCCAAGUGCUGGUUGCCAUUCCCUGUGGUAGCAAGGCCCCGGCACACCUGGCGGGGGGAGAAACCUUUCAACUUUUGACAAAGCCUCUUCUGCCUUCCUUGGGCUUUGCUCCAACUCUUGCGGUUUCAAAGGGAAUCCCACCCGAGGCCAUCACAUCAGACUCCACAACUGCUCUGGCCUGUUCAAACUCACGGACCUCCUGGCCUAAGUCAAAAUCGCUGACUGGUGAGCCAGAUAGGCAGAUCAGCAGAAAUUAAGCCUCUGACUAGGACUCCGCUACAUAAAUGGAGCUGGCCCAUUUGGGGCCACAGAAAUGAAAUUUAUCUACAUCCUUAAUUUAUCUUACAGCCUGUUGCAAGGAGGAUAUGCUGGUUGCUUCCUUCUGGGAUGAGCUGCACAAAGUCUCCCUGCCUCCUACAUGGCCCAAGUCUUUGCCGAGGCGGGGGCGGGGGGCUGUAUCAGUUGACUUUAUUUUUUCCACAAAGUCCAAUUUAUUACACAGUCUCAAAAAGUUUAUGCUAUAAUAAAAGUGUUUAUCUUUAAAGUACUGCAAUGUGCCUUUUAAAAAAAAAAAACAAUUCUGUCAUUUUGUCAGCAGAAGGAACCCUGGCUACUGGAAAAAAAAAAAAAUCACUGUUUCACAAGUUUGUUUCUGUCACUUUUAGGAAAAAAGAGGGGAAGCUGUGGAAAAAGAAAGCCAGCCUCGCUCUAAUCAUUCAUCCUAAAAAGGAAGAGCUGCAAAAAAUGAACCAACCCCCCCCCCUUUUCUACAAGUCAAAAUCACUGAAAGGGCUUUCAACCUGCGAGGGAAAAAGGCAGUUCGUGCAUCUUUUCAAUAGAAGGAGGGAAAUCCCUCCUUGGAUGUGGCUGCCACCUGACUUCCUCUCCUGCUCCCAAAUGGGGUCUGUUUCAACCUCUGCUUCCCCCACCCACAGCCAGCUAUCUUUCCCCCCAUUUUACAGUCUUGGGGCUUGAGGGCUUCUUCCAGCAGUAAAGGGAUUAUAUAGACAAAAGGUACUUCCCACAACCACAAAGUUCUUUAUGCUUUUAAAGGAGACAACAAAGGCAGAAGAACAAUGACUCUCUAAAUCUGGUAAGUCAGUGCCAACUGGAAUAACUCCCCCGCCCCGCAAGUUUCUUUCAGGAACAGCAAGGAAGAGAUGCAGACAUGCAAACAGAACCUCUGCAAGGCCAAUGCACGGUGCUGAGGGCUUCCUUCAGCCAUGACAGGCUGGAGGACACGGAGGCAGGGUACCUCUUUUCCAUCUUCCCCCUGCGUAUGUUUAGAGCAAACAAUUCUCUGCUAAUAGGCCAAUGGAUUUAAACUUGUCAACAAACUGGGGUUGCGAGUCAGGAUCAAGAGCUGCCUUUGCAUAUCGAGGGCAAGGGACAGGUCUGCCGGAUCACGGUCCAUGCGGUGCUUGACCCUGCUCAGAGCCAAGCCACGUACUGGGAGCACCGAGCGCCCCUUCCCCCACGCUCGCUGGUUGCAGAAAGAGUUGCAGCGCUCCAGUCUCAAAGACAACAGUGAACAACGACCAUCAGCAGGCUUCCAAGCACAUUAAAAGAAACAAAAUC